AUGAAGACAUCUAGCGAUUCAUUCGACAGUGCUGGUGAUAGUGAAGCCCUUCUGGGGGCCGAGGCUACGGGCACACGGCGGCCAAAGACUGCUGGCAUCAGCAAAUGCAACGCAGCAUUGUGGUUAUCCGCAACAUUCUUAGUAGGUGUGGUGGCAGGACUGAGUGCUGUCUACUUCGUGUCGAAGCCAACAUACAAUCAAUGUGUUGAGUCAACGACACAAGCAACACCACUGCUACAAGAUCUGACAAUAAAAUACGACACCAUUCCUUUCAAUGGGUCGUUCAUGCAAGAAGACAUCUACCGCAGACCAGCCUCACCGGAAGUCGACGCAGCAUGGCAAGCUCUUGGCGUCGACUACAGACCGCUACGCAUACCGCCCGAGGACUUCAAAAAGGCUGGCUUGAGUGACAAGCACGUCCAGAUCAAGGAGAAAUACGGCGGCGGCUACCCAGCCAAUGUCGAAGGCCUCCACCAUCUGCACUGCCUCAAUCUUGUCCGCCAGGCCACGUUCUGGGACAUCGAUUACUACCGCGCCAAGGGCAAAGGUGCCUUCACCAACAGCGACGAGAUCGUCCGCCUCCAUGUCUCCCACUGCAUCGACAUCCUUCGGCAGCAAUUGAUGUGCCAAGCUGACGUUGGUGUCUUCGGGCAGGUGUGGUACAGAGCAACGCCUGAGGACACGCCGGCAGCAUUCGUCGACUUCAACACUGAUCAUAAGUGCCGCAACUAUGAUGACAUCCGUGAAUGGGCGAGAGUCCGUCAGCUGCCAGAGGACGCUCCGGAAGACUUCCUGCAGCCUCCACUGCCGGGUCAGCAAGUCCACGCUGGAGUGCCUUGA